AUGGCGCACUCUACGACCGCCGAGGACCAGCCUGAGACCGACGGCCCUCGACCUUCGAAGCUGGUCAAACCGUCGCCGGACGAGAGCGUCGCCGUCGCUGCUGAACAGGCCUCGACCGGCUCGCCCGUCCGUCGUCCUGAGCCUGAGGAUGCGCCGCAGCUGGCGCCGGACGAGGACGACGAGCUCGAUGACAGUGACUCUGCUGUCGGAAGCGAUGGCGAUGAAAACUCGCUACAGUCCUUGACGUCCAGCAUUACCAGCUAUGUCUACAGGAACGGACGUCGUUACGCCUCAUUCAGAGGAGGGCGAUACUGCCUGCCCAACGAUGAGGUUGGCCUCUUCUUCUGCUUCUGCUUCUCUUCUGCUUCUUCUAACAUCGCCAGGCCGAGUCGGAUCGCCAUGACUUCCUCCAACAUAUAUACGGCAUGCUCUUUGGCGGGCGGCUCAUCUUUGCGCCCAUAUCAGACAGUCCAGAGAGGAUACUCGACAUCGGCACAGGCACAGUGCAUAUCCAGCCACACACGUUAUAGGAACCGAUAUCUCGCCCAUCCAGCCUACUUGGGUCUCACCAAACAUCUCGUUCGAGAUCGACGAUGCAGAAAGCGAAUGGACCUUCAGGCAGCGAUUCGACCUCAUUCACUUCCAGAAUCUCAACGGUGCAAUCCGCGACUGGCGCCGUUUACUCUCUCAAAUAUACGAUGGGAAUCAAACUGUAUCAAAGCAUGCAGCCUUAUCGGUCAGACCCUGACUGCUCCAGAAAACGUCAAGAGAUGGAUGCAGGAGGCCGGCUUCGUCGAUGUGAAGGAGGAACAGUUCAAACUGCCUAUCAACACCUGGCCAAAGGACCCGGAGCUCAAGCUCGCCGGCCGGUACCAGCAAGUCCAGUAUUCCGAUGCCCUCCAACCUUAUGCCCUGGGGUUGCUGGUCGAAGUCCUCGGCUGGUCCAGAGAGGAGAUGGAGCUCUUCCUCGUUGGCUUGAGGAAAGAUCUUGCCAAUCGCGCGCUACACGGGUAUAACAUAGUCCAUGUCAUCACAGCCCGGAAGCCAGGUAUGGGAAAGCGAAAAUUCUCUGAAACGGAGUAG